AUGUCGCAACCUUACUCGGGAUCGCAACUGCCAGGCAUGUCUGAUCCACACGUGGGUAUCUCUGGCAUGGAGAACAGGGACUACCCUUGGAACCAAAUUCAGACUCAAGACGCUGGCACCCAAUUUCACAGGGUAUUCGGUUCCCCAAGUUCAGGGGAGAUAGGUGCAAUCACUCACGGUCUAUCUCCUAUGACCGGGUCUGCUCCUGAAGCUGAGGUCUUCUCCUCCCACCAACAGCCUCCCCCGGCCGCUGGCUCCCUUCGUUAUGUUGAAUGCCACAUCGUCCCCCUGGAGCAGAUACCAGAUGGCCUUCGACUUCCUCCUCUCCUUCCUCCUCUCCUUCCACAACCACAGCUCAGCCCAGUCCUCCCUCCCAUGCGGCCUUUUAUGCUGUCCCCCACGCAGGCCUUGGCUCUACCUGAGUCUCCCAUCCCCCAGGGACAGGAACCGCAUACCUUCACUGUCCAUGGCGGGGCAAGUCACAGCCCAGAACCACAGCAACUCAGCGACGGAGAGCCGUCGCCGCCACCGGACUCGGAAGCCGAAGAAUACACACUCAUGUGCGAGUUUUCCUUCCCUUGCUGCAUGACUCCCUCGCCAGAUGGAAUGCAUUUUCGAAAGGUAGUCUCACAUGUCUUUGGCCGGAACAAGGCUUCCACCAAGUUGUUUCCGCCACGCGUCUGGGUUCACUACUGUCGGAAACACUACCAGAGAGCACGUUAUCGAGCUAACCAGUGGCCCUUCACUCAAUGUGAUCUCUUGCUGGAGUCGCUGCGGCGCAUGGAGGUCUGGGGUGGAGUUGCUAGCUUUGAACUCAUUCUUCGCCGGCGAGAGGUCCUGAGGGCGGACGGGACGAACGACAAGUCCGCUAGCACCGCAUCAUCUGGACCUCUUCAAAACGGCCGCAAACACCCCACUGCCAUUGUUGCCCCGGUCCCAAGAUGGCUUCGUCAGGAAGUUGGUCGUGGCAAGUCCUUUGAUGCCAUUCGGCACCUCAUCGAGCGAAUCCGCGAGCACAUGGCUAGCCUUCGUCAGAAUGAAAAGAUCCACCAGGCACAGCAGGCGAAGCUGAGCGGCAGCUCUGCCCGCUCCAAGUCCCGGAAGCAACCUAAGACCCCCUCCCGACAGCAAGGCAGCCUUGUUCGGUUCCCUGACAUCGAGAUCCUCCCAACCUUCAAGCAAUGGGUAAUCGAAGAUGUCUUUCGACCGCGUGCAUCUCAGAAGAAGCAAAGUGGCAGGAUCACCGAUGAGGAGGAGGACGAGAAGGAGGAUUUUGAUGCGCACGAUGAGUCCGCUUCUCCCGCCGCGGGAUUUGGUCGCGCAGGGUUCAACAAUGGAUCUUCCGACGGCCAGCGCCGCCGCAGUGAGCGUCUUUACCUGAGAAUGGUCACUCGUGUGUCCUCCCGUGGCUCAGUCAAGAAGCUUAGCGACAAGGAACAGUAA